CCUGGAAAGCGGCCUUCGCGGGCCACGCGGGACUGGAGCAGGAAGCGGCCGACGCCUCCUGCUUGGCGGGCGAGCGAGCCAGCCUCGGGGGGCGCCACCACCAGCAUGGCCGCGGCGGCGGGGGGCUGCUGCGGGGCGCUGUACAGCUGCCUCUUCGAGUACGACACGCCGCGGAUCGUGCUCAUCAAGAGCCGCAAAGUGGGGCUCAUGAACCGCCUGGUGCAGCUGGCCAUCCUGGCCUACGUGAUCGGCUGGGUGUUUGUGUGGGAGAAAGGUUAUCAAGAGUCAGAUUCGGUCGUGAGUUCCAUAACCACGAAGGUGAAAGGACUUGCUGUGACCAACACCACGAAGAUGGGCCUCCGGGUUUGGGAUGUAGCCGACUAUGUGAUUCCCCCUCAGGGUGAAAAUGCCGUCUUCGUUAUGACGAACCUGAUCAUCACAUUGAAUCAGACACAGGGACGCUGUCCAGAGUUUCCAGAUAAGACGACCAAAUGCUCCUCCAAUAAGAACUGCACGGCAGGGUACAUCGACACUCACAGCAACGGCGUUCAGACUGGGCGAUGCGUCGUGUACAAAGGCCAAGAUAAGACCUGUGAGAUCUUCGGGUGGUGUCCUGUGGAGGACGAUGCAACUGUGCCCAGGCCUGCUUUCCUCAAGGAAGCGGAAAACUUCACCCUUCUGGUCAAGAACAACAUCUGGUAUCCCAAGUUCAACUUCACAAAGCGAAACAUCCUCCCCACCAUCAAUAAGACGUACCUCCAGUCUUGCAAGUACCACCCCAAAACGGACCCCUUUUGCCCCAUCUUCCGUCUCCGUGAUAUGGUGGAUGCUGCCGGGCAGGACUUCCAAGAGAUGGCGGUUGAGGGCGGAGUGAUGGGGCUGCAGAUCAACUGGGACUGUGACCUGGACAAACCGGCUUCUCGCUGUGUGCCAAAGUACAGCUUCCGACGCAUUGACAACAAGGAUUCUUCCCACACUGUCUCUCCAGGAUACAAUUUCAGGUUUGCAAAAUAUUAUCAGACUCCGAAGGGAGUGGAGAGCCGGACGCUCAUCAAGGCUUAUGGCAUUCGCUUUGACAUCAUGGUCUUCGGCAAGGCAGGCAAGUUUGACAUCAUUCCUACGAUGAUUAACAUUGGAUCUGGCUUAGCCCUGUUUGGCGUGGCAACGGUUUUGUGUGACGUCAUUGUCCUGUAUUUCAUGAAGAAAAGGUUUUAUUACCGAGAGAAGAAAUAUAAAUAUGUGGAAGACUAUGAGUUGGGAGCCAACGAAUCUUACGGAGCCCAGGCAGAGACCCAGCAGUCUUGUGGUGUCAGAUGAAGGCUCCAAAAUGGCCACCGUCAACAAUCCUCUUAAUUUCACAUACAUGGGACUGUGAAGGAGAUACUGCCACUGGACCGUUUGUCCUUGGGAAAGUGGGAUUGGGUUGUCUGCCCUUUCCAGCUGGAGGUGGGAAAGAUACUCACUUAAAGGGGUUGCGUAUUGCUGUUAGGACACCCUGCUGAAGACCAAAACACCCCAUGAGGAGGUGAAAGAUGGGAUAUUUGGUGAACACCUGCUAACACUUUCUGUGAAAGUUUGGGUCUCGUGUAAUUCUGAAAGCCAUCUUACAUUGUGGGCUCAAAGGGGCAGGGCAAGCUGCGUCUCCCCCAGUGCGAAGCAGUGCCCUUGUGUGUUCAGAAAAUAUCCCAAAGAAUAUCUGACCCUUCUAGGGAGCCAUACUUCAUUUCUACCACACCAAAUCCCUCGUUGCUGUGGAACCCUUAAACCCGGUUGAUCUCUCCCCCCCCCCCCCCAAUUUUGGCCAGAAGUUCUGCCUGCUUUUUUUUGCUUAGCUGGGAAAGGAUGCAAACAGGCAACGCCAUUCCAAGUAUUAACUGUGAAUGUUCUGCCUCAGGAGUACUGUAAAUGUGAAAGCCAAAAAAGGUUCCAGUAGAAUUCCUGAACGUCAGUUCCCAGCUAUUUAAGAGGACAGUAAACAAGCUGUGAUGUUUGAACUAGAUUAACGUGUAGGCAUACUGGGGGUGGGAAACGGCCAGGCCUCCUCAGCUCCUCCCAUUCUUCUGGGAGCCUCCAGAAUUCAAUUUUAACCCUCUUGAAAGAAUGUACAUGUACCUGCACUUUUUUUUUGGGAAGGGGGGGGGGAUACAGAAGCCAAAAAACCCCACUGAAUGUCAACAAAAGAGCAUAAUUAUUUAUUUUACAGAGAAAAUAAAACUUUUUGGAAAGCA